UUAGAAAUGAUCUUUAUUAAUAAGUUUCCUCAAUUAGUGAUAGUUGAAAAUGUAGCGAGAGUAAGAGAACCGCUGAGAGGAAGGGAAACGCUACCAUUGUCACUCACAAACUCGCAUUUAUUUCGUUGAAUACGUCAAUUUGUUUAUCGAACUGCACUGUGAUCAUAGGGUCGUCCUAGCCCAAAUUUAUUGACACUGUUCAUCAAAUUCAGGGUUUGAUUGAUUAAGUACAAUAGAGGUUGUGGUUGUGUUUUGUUAAGGGUUUUUUUUUUUUCAAAGUGAUUUGAAAUGGAAUCGUCACCGAAUCAGACCCCCGAGUUUGAUUACUUGUUCAAGUUGCUAAUGAUCGGAGAUUCUGGUGUUGGAAAAAGCAGUCUUCUGUUGAGUUUCACUUCUAAUACAUUUGAAGAUCUCUCGCCCACAAUCGGUGUUGAUUUCAAGGUGAAAUAUGUUGAUGUUGGGGGAAAGAAGCUGAAACUUGCAAUUUGGGAUACAGCUGGUCAGGAGAGAUUCCGGACGUUAACAAGUUCAUACUACAGAGGUGCUCAAGGGAUAAUUAUGGUUUAUGAUGUUACACGGCGAGAAACAUUUACAAACCUUUCUGAGAUCUGGGCAAAGGAAAUUGACCUAUACUCAACAAAUCAGGAAUGCAUCAAGAUGCUUGUUGGAAACAAAGUUGACAAGGAAGGAGAAAGGGUUGUGACAAAAAAAGAAGGAAUAAACUUUGCCAGGGAAUAUGGGUGCCUUUUUAUCGAGUGCAGUGCUAAAACUCGGGUCAAUGUGCAGCAGUGCUUUGAAGAGCUUGUUUUAAAGAUUUUAGAUACACCGAGCCUUUUAUCAGAGGGAUCGAAAGGUGUGAAAAAGAACAUUUUUAAACAGAAGCCACCUCAAGCUGAUGCAGCUGCCGCAAGCAGUUGUUGCUGAUUCUUUGUUGCAUUUCUCAUCCAUUUCCAAAUCUCUAACUCAAGUUUGGUCAUUGUUCCUCCGAUCCCCAACAAAUCAUUUAUUUCUUUCUUGUUUGAAUUGAAGCGCAAAUUUACAUGUAAUAUAGUAAUGUUAUGAUUCUUGCUGCCUCCUUAAACUUGUUUGUGGACACUGUAUUAUGGCUGAUAUAUCACUUUUUUCAGAAAGAAAUACUGAUGUUGCGCCA